CUUCACACGUUGAGGAUCCUGCGAUCAACAUAGACUGCUGCCUGGUCACUAUUUUUGCUCUCACUAUUAUUAGCAUCUGUGAGGGGGAAGGACUCCGAGCAGAUUCUGAUCUGUGGAUGUAGCUCACAGACAACACUCCUGUUCCUUUACCAAACAGGCCAGCUCAAAGCAGGACCAUUGUUUGCAAUGCUUUGUGUUCUAUUGUGAGACAGUCGAGGGGUUGCGAAGCUUCCAGCAUGAACCAGAGGACAAUGAAUACGAGCCGCGGCGAGCAAAAGAGCGUUGAAUGGUGAAUGUCUCGAGAGCAGCUGCGUCAAGGAUUCUCCAAUCGACUUUGGAAGUCGGUUUCAAGGACAAUGACCUGCGAUUCGCUCCGGGGCUGAGCGUCGGGCGCUUCUCCCAUGACUUCCGGCAUCAGCCUUGCUCGGGCAAAGAUAUAACCUCGCGGAACCCCGCUCCCAAACUUUACGCGCCUCUGCUGAUUUUAACACCUUUAUUUCGUCAUGUUUUUUGUCUUCUUAAACCCUUCUACCUUUUAAUCUAUCGAAGACUUUCCCUUAAUCUAAUCAUCCACACGAUGCCGCAGAGCGGCAGAGACGAUUCAUGGCUCCGUGCCUGGUGCACGAAACUCAACGUCCCAGUAGACGAUUUUCGACCCCUUCUACCGUUAUCAUCCACCUACGUUGCCACGGCGCGGAAAGAAGACGAAGACCAAGCCAACCUUCUCCUCGCGCAGGCGUCCGAGAUCCGAAGAACCGGGGAAACCAAGAUCGCAGCAGCUGGGAAGAUAAAGAAGGACAAAUGGGCAUAUGAGGACUACUGUGGUGUUCUGACUGAGCUCGUCAACGGCUCAGGCUCAGCUCGCGUGGCGGAGAGCAUCUGGAAUAGCUUCCAACUGCAGAAGCCCAAGAAAGCGAGGACUGGCCGAUUCGCCCGCCGGCAGCAGGCUGCAGACGAGGAGACCGACGAUUUGCUAUUCAACUUUCUUUGUAGCACUAUGCGAUACAAGCAGACGGAUAUGUUCCACCUCUUCGCCCAUUGCGCGAGCACUGACGUCGUCAACCGCAUCCUCCCAACCGCCCUCCAGAUGCGAAGCUUCAGAAGCGCACAGGUUCUGUUAGAGGAAAACGCAGACCCGAAUGCGAGCUCCGACGAAUUCAUAGGCCUUGUUCGAGCUGGUGAGGAAGAGUUUGUCCGUCUCUUGCUUCAGGCACAGAUCCCCGUCGAGCUCGCUACGCUUACUUCUGCCCUCCCCGAUGCCGUCCAACGCGGAAGUGCCACAAUCGUCCACCUGCUCCUCGCCCACGGCGCCGAUGCGAACGCACAUAGUGGUCUUGCGAUGGAAAAGGCAGUUCGGUCGAAACGUACCGAUCUUAUCCUCUCGCUCCUGAUGUCUCCGAACCCGCCAUUACCUCAUACCCUUGCUCCCAUCGUUGCCUAUGUGUUCUUCAAAAUGGACGUUCCCGACAACGAGAAAUACCUCCUGAUCGAACUUUUGCUGAACGGAGGUGCGUCUGGCGACAACGUGUCACUUGCACUGAACGGGGCGGUACAACAGGGCUGGAGGGAAAUGGUCCAGCUACUUGUCGAUAACGGGGCGUCUCUCAACCAUAACGACGGGGAGGCGUACCGGAAUGCUGUCCGCGCGGUAGACCUAGAGACAGUCCGUAUUUUGAAUCAAGGAAACCUCGAUGACGGUUUAGCCACUGACAUUUUCGGCGAAAUCGCGACAACGAAAACAUCGAACUCUCUAUCCCACGAAGACUGGCGGGCACUCGCAGAACUCUUGCUUGACCAAGGCGCCGUCGGGCAUGUUGUAGACCAAGCCCUCAUAGACCGAGUUAAAGCCGGCGAUUUAGGAAGCGUGCGGAUGCUCCUUCGUCACGGUGCAUCGGUCGACUACGAAGACGGACUUGCCCUUGACUGUGCAGUUAUGGCCGAGGAUGAGGAGUUCCUGGAUAGUCUUUUGCAGCAGCAACCUGCCGUUCAAUCGGUCAAUUCAGUCUUCCCACGAGUUGACAAACUCUCACACGGUGUACAAUUACGCUUUACUCGCAAGCUUCUCGAUGCUGGUGCAAAUGGCACUCCAGUUGACAUGGUCCUCAAGUCAGCAAUGAGCCGGCCAGUCGGUGCACGAGACAAGGAGAUGAUUCAACUUCUAGUCGACCGGGGCGCGGACGUUACUCAGGGUGAUGGAGUCUUGCUCCGCUCAGUUGUUGGGUCAUCCGAGGAUGAUAUCUUGCAAAUCCUUCUCCUUGGAUUCCCCUCGCCUGCGGAUUUGGCAUCUUGCGUACCGCUCACAAUGAGUCUUAGCGAAAGCCAACGAUACAAGAUACUGCACAUGCUUCUUCACAACGGCGCAAGAGGAGACGAGGUUUCUCAAGCUCUUAUUGAUAGCAUCGAUGGGACAGCCUCUGGGUGCCAACUCGCCUCGUUAUUACUCACGACUGGAGAGGCCAGCACCGCGUUCGAUAACGGAAAAGCAUUCAAGAAAGCGAUUAGUUCGACGAACAUUGAGUUCCUUGAGCUUCUCGUCCAGUAUAACCACCUCACCGAGGCCGACUUUUGCUCUUGCCUCCUGGUUGCGCUUGACCAGCCCAGAGGAGAUAGCGCCCGGAUGGAAAAGAUCCGCAUUCUGCUUUCCAGCGGUCGGGACAUGGCUGGAGAUACGGGAACAACGGCACUUCGACAUGAGAUGCAAGGACUCAAGCGGCGAGGUGAAGCGACGCUCAGUGUCCUUCAUAUGUUACUCGAGGCAGGAGCAGAUGUCAACAACCAACAGGGCCGCAUCCUCUUGGACGCUAUCGAGAUGAAUAUGUUUGAAUGUUUCAAGCUGUUCCUUGCUGGCCAUCCUUCUUUCCAAACUCUCGAAUUCGCUUUCGACAAGGCCCUCGUUACCGCUUUCCGCACGGCUGACCUGCGAUACCUGCAACAACUGCUAGCUACUGGUAUACCACAAACGACAUUGGACAAAGCCCUGCUUCGGACCACUGAGGAAGAGAACAAUGAGGAGCUGGUUCUUCUUCUUCUCAAGCACGGAGCCUCCGUCAACUACCAAGAGGGAGCUUGUGUGCGCAAAGCCAUUUCGCGACUUGACCUUAUCCUCCUCGUACAUCUUCUCCACCACGAACCCAACACCGUAACCCUCAACAGCGCAUUCGCACUCAGCAUGACCCUUCAAGAUUCCCGAAUUAAAUACGAGUCCUAUCGAAUUCUUCUUAAGACCGGACCCAUUCCGAAGCGACUCCUCGAAGAGGCUCUUGUCUCCGCUGCUGAUGGAGGAUGGGCGAUGGCUUCAAUUUGUGAACUCUUGCUUGAGAACCGUGCCUCGCCUAGCUACGCUAACGGCGCUCCGAUUUGUCGUUCGAUCAAAUCUGCCCAUUACAGAGUUGAAAUGACAAAGCUCUUUAUCCGAUUCGGUGUCACGGAAGAAGCUGUCGCUGCGGCAUUGGUUGCUGCAUUCGAAAGCCUUCAGAGUGAGACACGACUGUCUACCAUGGAGCUUCUCCUCACGGCAGCGAAACCGCAGCUGACCCUUGACCAGCUCCUGCUGAAAACCGUAACUGCACCCUCAUGCGACCGUAGACUAGCCAAGUGCUUGCUGAAAGCGAACGCGUCUGUCCUCUACCAGGGGGGCGAGUCCAUCCUCCACACAGUAAUGUGCAAUGACGUCGAAACGCUACGUCUUCUCGAACCUUAUUUCCAUGGCCACUGCGGCGUUUCCGAAAUCUUCAUGACGGUUUGGGGUAACGGCAAGCGAGCAAACUCGCAUCUUGAAGAGGCAGUCUUGUCACUCUUGCUGAAAGCCGGUGCUACCGGUGAAUGCAUCAGUAUGGCGCUUUUGGAAACCAUCAAGACGGUCGCAAAUACGCCCGCCGGAUUUGCCUUCAUCACCAACCUUCUGAAAGCGGGCGCUGAUGUGAACUACAACGAGGGCGCCAGCUUGUUGGAGGCGUCGACACGAGGCGAUCUCCGCGUGCUCAAGGAGUUACUCGCAUACGGCCCUCGAAGAAAGAAUAUGACCCGCGCGUUUCCACUCGCCUUCAGGUCUGGUACCGACAGUCGCUCCAUUCGCGAGAUUGUUGUGGCCUUCUGCUCACACCCGUCCGCACCUGAUCUUACCUACGAGCAUCCAACCCACGGACCAAUUCUCUGGCAGCUGCUGCAGGCCUAUCCGGAUGAGCGCGAGCUGCUUCAGUAUCUGAUCGACAAGAAGUGCUCAGUGGAUCCGGUAAUUAAAGCAGCACUGCCGCUGUCACCGGGUGAAGAGAACGUGUCCUUGCUCUGCUGGGCUCUAGCCAAGGAGCAAAGCGUACUCGACGAGGACAUUAUAAAGACCCUGGUUGCUUCAGGAGCGUCAACUUCCAGACAAGCCUGUCGCAAAGCACUCCUCUACAGUUAG